GAUUAUUUUUUGUAAAGUUUUGGUCCUGGCAGAGUCAUAAUCCGUGAAGGACAUGUUCCUCAAAACUUCUACUUGAUCCUGUCUGGCACAGCACUGGUCACUAAAACCUCCAUCAACAAGCAGACAGGAGAGCCCUUUAUAAGGACUGCUGCCUUCCUGAAGAAAGGAAAAACCUUUGGGGAUGUGGCUAUCUUGAGUGGCGCUAGAAGAAAUGCUACAGUGUUGUGUCACAACACUGUCUCACUGCUGUCUGUGCCACGACAAGAUUUUAUUAACACAUUCAUGAGCCAUGAAGCCAACGAAGAGCAGCAUUUUAUUACAUUUCUGAGAAAGAUCGAAGUUCUCUCAGGAUGGCCUGUGGAAAACCUUUCCAACAACAAACCUGGGAUAUGUAUUCACACCUUCUUUCGGCGAAAUGCAGUUAUCUCUAGGGACACAAAGGCAUCAUCCAAGAUCUAUAUCAUCAAAACUGGUACAAUACGAGUUCUUAAAACGCUGACCUCUACUAAACCCCAUCUCCCUGCUAAACCCUCUUCAAUCAGUGGCAAUCGGAAAUACCAGAAUAUAGAUAAGCAGUCAGAAGAAAUGCAUGCAAAGAAAGCAGUAAGGACUAAGACUAGCCUUCCUUCCAGAAAGAGUUCCAGAGACGUGGAGUUCCUCUUGCCACUGCUGCGGCAGGGACCGCCAGCUUUAGAGGAAAGAGCUGAUCCACCUGCUCCAUACACUAGCAGUGUAGCUGCUCCCAAAGAAGCGAGCUCAACAAUACAUGUCGAGGAGGCUGGAUCACAGAUUUACAUUCAUGUGCAGACGCUUAAACCUGGAGAUGUGUUCGGUCUGGUUUAUCUGCUGUUUGAAGACACAUUUGGUAUGACACUGAUAUCUGAGGGAGCAGAAUGCAUCCUGAUCUCAAAGGAUUUCUUUAAAAAAUAUACAGAUGAUGCAUAUCUCUGUAAGCUGUCCAAAGUGGUCCAGCCUUACCCCUCAGAACAGGCUCUACAGAAACAACUGCAAGAAUACAUCAACUGGAGCGCAUUCAAAUCUUCAUUAAACAGGCCACAAAAGCUGCAUGCAAUCUUAACGUGAACAGAUGUUGAAAAAUGAGCACAGAACAAACAUAUUGGCUAAACAGAACCAUCAACAAAUGAGCUGUUAGUGUGUGUUU